CGAGUUAGUCACGUGACCACUUAUGUAAGCGGCCGCUGUUUCGAGCUCUACGUUUCCCGCCUGCUGGAACAUGGCGGCCGUGUGAUUGGUCGAUUAUAAGUUGAUUACAGAGCAGAACCAAAUACAAGAUGUGUGGACGCACCGCCUGCACUCUGGCUCCACAUGAUGUCAGUAAAUCUUGUCAAUAUAAAGAUAAAGACGGCCAAGUAAGAUGUCCUCAAUGGAGAGAUGGCGACUCGGAUAAAUACCAGCCUUCCUACAACAAAAGCCCCCAGUCCAACAGCCCCGUCCUUCUAUCCUUGAAGCAUUUUCAGAAGGAUGCUGACUCUUCGGAGCGGGUCCUUGCUGCUAUGCGCUGGGGUCUUAUUCCCUCUUGGUUCACCGAAACAAACCCUUCAAAAAUGCAAUAUAACACCAGCAACUGUCGCAGUGACACCAUGACUGAGAAAACGCUGUACAAGGGACCAUUUUAUAAAGGCAGGAGAUGUGUGGUUCUGGCGGAUGGAUUUUAUGAGUGGAGAAGACAGGACGGGGAGAAGCAGCCCUACUUUAUAUACUUUCCGCAGAUCAAAGCAGAAGAGUGUGAAGCCAGUAAGGACGGUUCUGAUGGAGAUGGUCGGAGGCUGCUCACCAUGGCUGGGCUGUUUGACUGUUGGGAACCUCCUGGUGGAGGAGACCCUCUUUAUUCCUACACUGUCAUCACAGUGGAUGCCUCCAAGAGUAUGAACUGGAUUCAUGACCGGAUGCCGGCAAUACUGGAAAGUGAUGAGCAGAUCCGAAAAUGGCUAGAUUUUGGAGAGGUCUCUGCAAGAGAAGCUCUUAUGCUUAUUCAUCCCUUUGAAAACAUCACCUAUCACCCUGUAUCCACUAUAGUGAACAAUUCUCGAAACAACACCCCAGAUUGCAUCACUCCUAUCAUUCUGCAAAAGAAAAAGGAGCCUGCUCUGAGCGCCAGCAGUAAGAAGAUGUUGGCAUGGCUACAAAACAAGUCUCCAAAGAAAGAAGAAUCAGAAGAGGUUAAACCAGCUAAACUUUCUCAGCUCGCUUUGUCACCCAAGAAGACUAGUGCUGGGUUAAUGCAUCAGUGGCUAAAGAAAGAAGGGGAGCCAUCACCCAAAAGAGCAAGGACAUGACAACCAGUCUGGGAACUACAAAUAUCAGCACACCUGAACAAGUCACUGACUUGUGUUAUACUGUUUGUUAAUUGGGUUCCGUUCAUUUUGUCUGUUGUGUUGCUCGUUGGACCUGGUUCAAUGUUUCUUCAGUAUUUGGCUUAAGGGACUUGUCCUUUUACCUGUAUAAUGUAAAGACUCAGCAGCAGAACUUCAUGAACUGUGCUAAUUCUUUGUAAUUCUCUUUCCUCCUGUCCUUUUAGGUGGAUGCACGCACCGCCUCUGGUGAUUCUCUUGGUAAGGCUAUAGGGGAGAUUUAUCAGAACAUGCAUAGAGGAACAGUUAGACAUAGCCAUAACCAAUGGCCAACUGCUCCACUAUUCCUCUGCACACGUUUUACUAAAAAGAAAUCUCCCCACAAUCUCUCAAUCCAUUUUUGUUUUUGGAAUUGUAGUUUUUUUAUGCCUAUUAGGUGGUGGAGGUAAUGUCUUCCUGUAUUCCCUAGAGCAGUGGUCUUCAACCUGAGGACCUCCAGAU